CUCAUCAUAGCAAUGACGACUUCUGGGACUCUGAGCAAUUAUUAUGUGGACUCUUUCCUGAUCCAUGAGGGUGAGGAGCUGGUGCAGUCUAGGUUUUCUUCUGGUUCCCUAGCCCAGCCACCAAGACAGGCUGCACUGGGAGCUGACCACCCUGAGUACACUCCUUGCAGCUUCCAAUCUAAAUCGUCCAUGUUUAGCAGUCCUUGGAAUCCAGUGCACCAUCCUCAGACUGCCAAUAACGUCUCCGGUGUGUACCACCCCUAUGUACACCACCAGGCACCCAUAGCAGCCUCAGAUGGCAGGUAUAUGCGGUCCUGGCUGGAGCCCAUGCCCGGAUCAUUGUCGUUCCCAGGCUUAUCCUCCACUAGGCACUACGGUAUUAAACCUGAGCCUCUCCCAGGCAGGAGGGGGGACUGUACCACGUUUGAUGCCCACACUCUGUCUUUGUCUGAUUAUACUUGUGGUUCUCCUGCUGACAGAGAGAAGCAAAGUAACGACGCUGCCUUUGCUGCCAAUACUGGAGAGAACGUAACAAAUGGGGAAAAACCUCCUAUUGACCCAAACAAUCCAGCUGCUAACUGGCUCCAUGCAAGAUCCACAAGGAAAAAAAGAUGUCCCUACACCAAGCACCAAACACUGGAACUUGAAAAGGAGUUUUUAUUUAACAUGUAUCUUACCAGGGACAGGAGGUAUGAGGUAGCCAGAGUACUCAACCUCACAGAAAGACAAGUUAAAAUUUGGUUCCAAAACAGAAGGAUGAAAAUGAAAAAAAUUAACAAAGAUCGAUCAAAGGACGAAUAAAUUCCGAAUAUAAUGGAACUACAAACAAAGGGGAUGCUACUGUAUUGAGGCCUCAUGUGUUUCUCCCUCCUGUUUAUCAUGCUAAGUACCAACACAGCCUUGGUUUACCAGAGCUAUCCAAGAGGUACUUCAUUUCUUAAAUUAUUUCAUGAACAACACAAAGGGGCAUUAGGGGUGGGCUGGCAUACAAGUAAUCUACCUGCUCUACUCUACAAGUAAACUACCUUACCAUUGUGCACAACUAUAUACUGACU